CCUUGCCAUACACUCACACAAUUAAAAUUUCUAACUCUGUCUCUUAUCCGAAAAAUAAUCAUCUCCAAGUGUAAUAAGAAAAUCAAAAUAAAACUCUCAUUUCUUCUUCUUCCUCGCCUAUAAAUACAACUCCAUUCUCUCAUCUCCUACAUCACAAAACAAAAACCUCACUUAAAAAAAAAAAACAGAAGACAGAAAAAAACAAAAAAAAAAAGAAAAAGAAAAAUAAACAAAUUUUCUUUUCUUUUUUUUCCUCUAAAGUUUCUAUUUUGUCUAUUCGUGUUUUUUUUUUUACUUCCUGAUAAUGGGAGCCUAUGAAACAGAAAAACCAACUAAAGAUGCGGCGGCUCUAGAGACACAGUCGCCGGAAGAUUUCGAUCAACCAUCUCCGCUUCGUAAAAUCAUCUCCGUCGCUUCCAUCGCCGCCGGUGUACAGUUCGGGUGGGCCUUACAGCUCUCUCUUCUUACUCCGUACGUUCAACUCCUCGGAAUCCCUCACAAAUGGUCAUCUCUCAUUUGGCUCUGUGGUCCAGUCUCCGGCAUGAUUGUUCAACCAAUCGUCGGUUUCCACAGUGACCGAUGUAGGUCCAAAUUUGGUCGCCGUCGUCCUUUCAUCGCCACCGGAGCCGCACUCGUCGCCGUCGCUGUUUUCCUCAUCGGUUACGCUGCGGAUUUCGGUUAUAAAAUGGGAGAUAAACUCGAGGAGAAGGUUAAAGUUCGAGCUAUAGGGAUCUUUGCUCUCGGGUUCUGGAUCCUCGACGUAGCCAACAACACCUUACAAGGACCUUGCCGUGCUUUCUUAGCCGACUUAGCCGCCGGUGACGCUAAGAGAACGCGAGUCGCAAACGCGUUUUUCUCUUUUUUUAUGGCGGUUGGAAACGUUUUGGGUUAUGCGGCUGGUUCGUACACUAACCUCCACAAGAUGUUUCCGUUCACAAUGACAAAAGCUUGCGAUAUCUAUUGCGCCAAUCUCAAGACUUGUUUCUUCUUAUCCAUCACUCUCCUCCUCAUCGUCACCGUCACGUCUCUUUGGUACGUUAAUGACAAACAAUGGUCUCCGCCGCCGCGAAAUGCCGACGACGACGAGAAGACCUCAAGCGUUCCUUUGUUCGGUGAAAUCUUUGGAGCAUUCAAAGUCAUGAAACGUCCCAUGUGGAUGCUUCUAAUCGUCACGGCCUUAAACUGGAUCGCUUGGUUCCCAUUUCUUUUGUUCGAUACUGAUUGGAUGGGUCGUGAAGUGUUCGGUGGAGAUUCAGAUGGAAAUGAACGAUCGAAGAAACUAUACAGUCUUGGAGUCCAAUCUGGUGCAAUGGGAUUGAUGUUUAACUCUAUAGUUCUUGGUUUCAUGUCACUUGGUGUUGAAUGGAUUGGUCGGAAAUUAGGAGGAGCUAAACGGCUUUGGGGUAUUGUCAAUUUCAUCCUAGCCGCUGGUUUGGCCAUGACGGUUCUCGUUACGAAAUUCGCCGAGGAUCACCGGAAAACCGCCGGUGAUUUAGCCGGACCGAGCGCUAGUGUUAAAGCUGGAGCUUUAAGUCUCUUUGCUGUUCUUGGUAUCCCAUUAGCUAUUACUUUCAGUACUCCUUUUGCUCUAGCAUCCAUAUUCUCAAGCUGCUCCGGUGCAGGCCAAGGACUUUCAUUAGGAGUUUUAAAUUUGGCGAUUGUGAUACCACAAAUGAUAGUCUCACUAGGAGGUGGACCUUUCGACGCCUUGUUCGGCGGUGGAAACUUACCGGCGUUUAUCGUUGCAGCAAUUGCAGCGGCGAUUAGUGGAGUAUUAGCGUUAACCGUUUUACCUUCACCACCACCGGACGCACCCAAGGCAACGACCAUGGGAGGAUUCCACUAGUUUACUAUUUUUUUUUUUUAAUGAAACUCAUCAAAUACAGUAUUACUGUGCGAAACUGCAAAAACCCAAAUAAAAGAAAAGAAUGGAUAAAAUGAUAAAAUCUAAUAAACCUUGGGUCGUCUGUAUUUCACCCUUUUUUAGUUUUUUUUCUUCUUUUUUUAUAACUUUUGUCACUUAUUUUAAUUUGAAAUAGAAUGUUUUUUUUUUUUGCCCUUAAAUAAGAUUUGUGUGUUGAGUACAAUUGUUUACUGUUUGCUUCGGUAGAACAAAUAUCCAACUAGAAAGUAAUUCCCUCUACCCUCAGAAAAGAAAAUUUUGAUAAUAAUGUAUGGCAAUUCUUUUAUAUAUAGGGAACAAGUUGAAC